GCCAGUCGCGUCCCGACCAUCGUCGAGGUCGGACCUGUGUCGCUCGGCGUCGCGCAACGAUCGUACAAUUCGUAAAAAACAGUUAUCGAAGUGACUAACGAACAGCAAAGUUGGAUCGUACAUCUCAUAGUGAUGGGACAGUGUAUAAACGACAGUUCGGGCGUCGUGCGCGUACGAUGACCGAAACUUUAACUUGUUGGGAUACAGUGAAAAAAGUUACGGUUCGAAUGCACUCGGUUUAAAAAAAAAUAAUGUGCUGGUAAUAAGAGUGAUGGCCUGAUGGGAUCGCAGUGCGAACGACAUUGUGUAGUUAGUGAUGUAUACUGUGAUAUAAUUUAUCGGCAAAUGCAUAGAUGAUUGCCGUGCUUGUUUGUGAUAAUAUUAGUUUAUUAGUUGCCAAAGAUUCCUGAUGAUCUUGUAUAUUAGUUUGUGUUUCAUUUUGGUAGUUUUAGCGGACCCGCUUCCCGGCAAGCACGUGCCGCUGGAGAGCUAUGAGAGCGAACUGGAGCGGGAGCAUGCGCUACCCACGUCCGUCCCCAAUGCCGACAUACUCAAGACUAACAGCAACCCUACCUAUCACAAGCCGAGACCGCCGCAACAUCACGGCGCGGCGCUGCUGGCGGGGGUCGGAAGCGGGGCGGUGCCGUCGUACGCGCCGCCCGGUCGCGCGUUUUUCACGCCCCCAUUGCCGCCGGAGUAUAGGAACCCAUUCGCCGAUAAGCCGACACUACGAGGCACAAACACGGACGGGAACAACUAUCUCAAUCGGCGACCCAUCCCGCCGCCCUCCCUCGGGCCGGGACACGACAGGAUACCCAUCAGACCGCCUGGACAGGAAACUUCGUCCCCGCAAGUUCCGGCGCCUCCCCCCGCACCGCCCGCGCCUCCGCCCGGCCUCGAGCCACAGAAGAAAAAGCCACUUAACACCCCCAGUCAUAAGCCUGACGAAUUAGACGGCGACAUCAAACAUGGCACUGAUCAGGCGAACUUCACAGACUUUGUGCCCAAUUCGCUCAACAUCCCAACCAUAUCUAGGAUAUUGUCGGGAUCUAAUGGGAGGAAGGAAGACAUUCCUGAUGUACUCCUGCGGACUGUCACCGCGAAGCCACAGCACCAGCCCGAGAAGACAUCCAAAAGUGACGUAUUUGUGACUAAAGACACAAGUGUAACCCUCAGUGAUUCAAACCGCGAUUCAUCUACCGAAGGAUCAGUUCUAGCUGUACUAGAUCCAGAAAUGAAUAUAGAUCGACCGUUAAUCAUAGACCAAAAUGGAGAAACUAACACUAGAAGAAAUCUACAAUAUUCAACAAAUAAGGAUAGGAAUGAUAGUAGAAAUAAUGAGAAUUAUAUGCCAGCGACGACAAUUGGCUUCGAAUUAAAAGAUCCAGAAAUGUCAACGGAAAGAUAUCACAAUCUAGCGAACGUGAAUUCUGAUAAGAAAGUGUUGAAACAGGAUUCUAAGAACAAUGGGCCGGUACAACGCCCCGGCGCGACUUGGCCGUUCGCUUGGAAUGUCCACAUUUACUUAGCAACCGUCAUGUUCACAAUAUUAGCAGUUUAUUCAAUAUUCAAAAUAAUAUGCUACAACAAAUUCACACAUCUCUUCACUCAGUAUUACUUUAUAAUACUUCAUCUGAUUUUAGUAUUCGUAUGCCUCAUGAGAAUAUUCUAUCUAUGUUACGAUCCUUAUAAUAUUAACAAUUCUCUACCGAUAUUUAUCAGUGAAAUAUUAUUGCACGUACCAGAAAUAUUCUUAACUAUUGCAUUCGCUAGUACUAUUCUGUUCCUUAUGACCAACAGUGCGAACUACAGGAACAAAUGUUGUUCCUUCUUGUUCCGCUCGCGAACCAUCAUAGUCGGCGGCGGACUACUCCUCCUAACUUGUGUAACGUUGCAUAUCUUUGAAAAUAGUAAUACAAUAUAUAGGACCCCUCAGGGAGUCGAAAAAAGGGUAUUAGGACUAACUUGUCAGAUAAUAUUUAUCAUAGUAUGCCUUAUAUUGGGUUUAUGCUAUCUAUAUGUAUAUAAAAUGCUAAAAGCCAUUCUUCAGAAGAAAAGUCACAAUUAUAUACAUGGAUUUCAGAAUCUCUAUCAAGGGAUACAUAUAAAUCUAGCGACCGCAUUGCUAUUCGUGUUAAUGGCGACCCUGCAAAUAUAUGGGAUAAUAGGAAUCAAUCAAGUUAGCAUGACGAAGUUCGAUUGGUUGCAGUGGGGCUACCAGUUUUCAUUGCGACUCAUAGAAAUAAGUGUUGUGGCUCUUAUUUCGUGGGUGAUAAGUCUCAAAAUCGGCAUCGUAGCUUCACUGCAACACGAAAAAGGCGAUGGACAAAAAAUAUCUGGAUUCUUCCCUUGCACGGCCGGCUCGAGCAACGAACAAUUCGAAUCCGAUUAUCCGACUAUUUGCAACACUAACACAAACCUCAAGACGUACACGUUACGAACUGGGAAACCGGUUUACGAAACCGCUGGUCAUCACCCCGUGAUGCCGGAACAGUGUUUCGGUGCCAACGUCAUGGAACACCAGAGGUUCCAGUUGAGCACUUUGGCAGGGAACUGUGAUAAUAAUUCGGGAACUGAGAACUACUCCGGUCACAGUUCCAUUGCCAACGCCGGCCACAGCAGUUCUACUGAAUCCAGUAACGCCGCCUCCGGCCAAGGUGUGACCAACCAUUUGAUCAAACAUCAUCCAAACAUGGCCGGUUACAACGGCAUAGAAUCCGCUUCUGACGACCACUACUCGAACUGCGACCCCGCCAUACAGUCCCUGCAGGGCGAUGACCCUCUAGACCACGAGUACAAUGUUAUCCAAUACGGCAGCAACAGCGAUUUUAUUCGAGACAUAAAAAAUCAAAACUACAACGGUGGAUCAAAUAGAAGCUCUCAUAAUUUCAAACACAUGUCAUACGACAGAGUUUCAUCCCGAACGAAUAGUAAUCCUCGUAAAAAGCACAGAGCGAAGAACAAGAAUGUUCAGAAUUGCAUGACAAUGGGCUACGACCCUUCAAUGAAUCACCACUACCAUCAACCACAUAUGCCCGAUGAGUAUAGCAACUACAACGCGGAGAACGCGUCCUAUCAUUCCUCAGGGAUACAGACCCUUAAUCCUAACAGGAGUUACGAGGCUCCAUGCCAACAAAUUAGAAGCUCGCAACGUCGGAACUCGCCUUCCACCGUUAUGGUUAAUUCUAGCGGGAGUCAAAAAAGGGGAAAGGGGAACGGGUUCCCGGAUCGACCUAAAUCCACAGAUCUGUAUGGAUUCUCGGAGGAUCCCAACGACAGGGCAUACCCAUGUGCUUUAGGCACGCCUCAACCGGCGCCAAGGAAUUGCAGUUACGAGGCUUCAUACUCUCAACCGCAAGACGAAAUCAACCCGAACGAGGGAGGAGGCAGCAUGCUGGUUGCUCAGGACGGCUUCGUACGAUUCCGACCACUAGAAGAUGGUCCUUCACAAACCUGAUUUACAGUCACCCUGUCGAGCGCGACAGAGGACCUAAGUUUCUAAAACUCAUUUCACGUGGAAAUUCGUGCAUCUCAUUGUAUAGACAUUGUAAAUUAAUAGAUAGGUUUAAUACGGGAUCCGUUUAACAUACGAUCCGAUUAUAACGGCCUUUUGUACAUAGCGUUUUUUUUAUUCUAAGGCCCUGUUUAUUUAAGCGAUUUCAUUUGACUGAAAUGCCAUUUUUCGUUAACUAGAUUGCCCCGUUUAUCAUUCUGAUAAAUGUAUGGCCAAUGCAAAUAAAACUGAGCCAUUGAACAGAGAACAUAGAAAAAGGUAAACUGGUCUUGUAGUUUGCAGAUUAUAUCAUGUUGUAAGUUUUAUAAUUGAAGUUGACAUUUCUAAAUCUAUAUAUAUAAUCGCAUUAUUAACCUUGAGUUUCUAAGA